AUGGCACCGGUGCAUCUAGCUCCCCCAGACUUCUCCAGAACGCAACGCUUGGUCCUCCUCGUAGAUCUUCACCCACUUCUCGCCGUGCGAAACCCUUCCUCCUACAUCGCCGCCGUCAUAUCCGCCGCCGACCGCCUCCUCCGCUUUCCGCCGCUAUCCGCUUCUCUCUCUGCCGUCGAGCUCUUCGUCUCCUCCCUCUCCCCCCACCGCGCCGAAGCUGUUCUCUCCCGCCAACUCUCUACGAGGCCCCUCUCCUUCAAUCUUGCUCCCCAAACCCUAGAUUCUCUCUCCGCCGCCUUAAACUUCACUCCUGCCCUUUCCGAUCUGCGAAAUGAGCCGUUCAGCUCGCGUGCUUCAUAUGCCACCAGCUCGUUGGUCCAGUUGAUUCAUGACUGUGUAUGGGAGACCGAGAAGAAAAAUGAUAGCUUGUCAGGUGAGGAUUCUUCUAUUGAUAGCGGAUUUAUGAAAAUUCCUUCGAAUCUGGUUAUUCUAUUUUCACCUAUUUCUCAGUCAAUUGAUAGUUUGGUUGAUUAUUUGGAGAUGCGUGAUUUUGAUGAGGUGUAUUGUGCUGUAAAAGAGGCAUUUGUUAUGAGGGACAUUCAUUUGUGUUGGGUAGAUGUCAAAGCUGAUGCCUUAGAAACUGAAGGGGCUGAUAUCAGGAAAAAUGACUGUAGGGAUGAAUUAACAAAUUUGAGGAAUUGCAUCGAAAAAAUGGGGUGGGGUUUUUGUUCUAGCGAUAUGAUUGUUCUGGGAUCAGCCUUGCUUCCGUUAGGUCUGAUCUAUCCAAGAAUCGGGGUGUCAUUUAGUUUUAUGGAUUACGCUGAUACUGAUAAGAUAGAAUCUACUGGGGAGCUGAGCUUAGAAAUACUGGACGUGCACGGGAUGCCAUUAGAAUGCAAAUUUUGUUAUCUUGAGUUUGUGAAGAUAAAUAGUUUGCCUUACACUGUGAAAAAUGGUGAUAUUCUGAGUGACACUCAAUCUCAAGAUCAACAGAGCUCGCAUGGUCUAGAUGGUUUUUUUCUCCGUUUAGGUGAAGGGAGAGUGAAGGUACAUGUUAAGAAUGUCUGUAGAUACGAUGAGUAUGAGAUUGCUGGUGGGUCGUCAGAGAUUUUAUUAGUACGUGAAGAUUUCCAUGUAUCGGGUAAAAUUGAGACCAAGAGUGGCAAUGACUUUCUUGCAGACAGGGUUCUUGACAUGCUGCAUGAAGAGAAGGGUGGAGUUAAUUGUACAAAACAACUACCUACAUGGCAAAUGUUCUUGAGUUUUCUUCAUAUAAAAAGUUACUCGGCCUUUGUGUCCCUCUCAAGCAAUAGUGGAGAUGCAUUGAUGGGUUUUCUGAAGCCUUUUACUGCUCACUUGGCAAUCCUCUAUAUUAUGGAUGGUAGUCAUGUUAUAGUUAGAAAUACUAGUGGUUCCCAUACCAAACCCUCAACAUCUGGUAAUUGCAUACAGUACAGGGAUGGGAAAAUGAAAAAGAGUCAAAGAAAUCUAUAUCAGAAAAUGACAUGGAAUUCCUUCCGCACAGCUGCCUUUGAAAGAUCUAAUUUAAACUUGAUUGAUUUUUGCCGGGCUAGAUAUGAAAAAUCCAAGAGGCUAAAGUUCUUUACGUGCUGGAUGAAACAAAUUAGUAAAGUCGAUGUGGAUUUAUCAACAGCACUAUCUGAUUCCAAGUCAGUGGGGGAAUUAGCUGCUUCUAGUGCAUUUUUAUCUAAACCAUCUCCAGCAGAAGAUGAGGCUAAUCUCAUUCCAAGCUCGGAGACUUUAGAAAUCUUUUUCAACAAUCUUUCCCAGAAAAUGCAGCAUGGCCUAGAAUCAGGAAUGGACUUGCAGAAUCUUGCCGAGCAUGUUGUCAAAUCAUCAGUUCACUGGUUAAGUUGUAACCGUGAAAUUGGAAGUAAUUCAGAAUGUCAACAAUUGCUGGUAAAACAGCUACUAAAGUCUCCUAAGGAAAUGAAGGAUAUACACCAGGAUUUGAAAUCCUGUUCGACUGAAACUAUCAUCAGAAUAUACGAAUUGCAGAUUUUUCUUCGUAUAGAGAUUCUGAGAUCAGAAGGUGUAGCCAUUUUCAGAGAAUCUAGAAAAAAGAAGCUGAUGAAGCAGAUAUGUUACAUAUUAGAGAUUAUACAGUACCUCAUAGCAGGCGGAGUUCAUGGUCAUGUUAGCUUAUAUGAUUAUGUUGAACGGACUAUUAGAGCAAGGUACAUCGAUAAAUUCGAGGACAUCGUGGAAAAGAUAUAUACAGAAAUGGAUUUACUGCCAUUUGGUGACGAGGAACAAACUCCGAUCUUUUUGUUCAACAGUGAGGACAGCGACCAAUCAUGGAGAAGCAAGUGUAACUUAAAUGAAAAGGUCGAGACCAAUAACAUUAGCCACUCUUUCUCUACUGAAGGUGAAACCUCACAGCUCCCUAUAAACAAUCUCGAUAGCUCGCAAGAGAUUGGGCAGGACGAGUACACCCGAAUCCUACACGAAGCCCAUGAGAGGAGGGAGCAGGCCCGAAGGCGUGCCCCUUUUGUGGGCAAGGCCCGUGAUUUGCAGCGAGUGUGGGCCCCGAAACUGCCGAAUGUGACGAAAGGCAAGUUCUGUUCUGGCCCGAGCAAAUAUAAGAGAAAGAAGGAUAGGGAGUAG